AACACUUUUUAGAGAUGAUAUUGCUGCCGAAACUUGCAUAAAGACCUUUGGAGGCUCUGCUUGUAGCCCUGCAGUCCCACCGUGCUUCUCCUUCCCGGUGUCUGCGAGGAUAGAGGAGGUAGCCUUGCUGAAGACCGCUCUUCCCGUGGCCGGGAUCACUAGGGGGCUCUCUCUGGUUCAGGCAUGGCAAGCAAAGGUUUGUGCUGCUCUGAUGUUACCAGGUUGCCUUGUAGGGUAAGAUGCUCACUUGCUCUGCACCAGGGGAUAGGACCUGCGAGUGCCAGACUCACCAACACAACUUCCUAAGGGAGGAUGUGGAGGCUUCGGAGACGGUGCAGAAGAGGUUCACCAGGAUGCUGCCUGGAUUCGAGGGCCUGUGUUAAGAGGAAAGGUAACUCAGAAUAAUUCCAGAGAUUGGGAAGCCUGUGGAUGGGAGAUCAAACAUGACUACACCAGCUGAGGAAAGUAAACCAGAUAUGGACACUGAGGGGGAAGAGAAAGGUUCAGCGUCCCCAUCUCAGAGCUUUCCUCCACAGUUGCAUGGACGUGUCCGGCCAGGAUUAAGUGAUACCCCGCCCACCUCUACGGUUAUCGUUCAAGUUGCAAAAUCAGUCGAUAUCCUUUCACCUUCUCAACUGACCUCCCCACGGACAAGUUGUCGUCCUCUAUCUGCUCCAUGGGGACUUCUUCAGAAAUCCUCAGCCUGCCAGCAGCGACCGUAUAAGAUCUGUUACGUUCCUCUGGUCAGCAGUACGUCAGACCUCCAAGCAUCGCAGUCAAAGAGAAUGGACCAACCUCGCCUCCAGACUGAAAAAGAACCAUCUCCGGCUCAUUCCUGUCAGACAAGCUCCAGACUAAAACCUGACCGUCAGACCACUGGGCUCCAGCCUCCCCCCUGCACACCCAGGGUACGCCCUUUCUCCAGUUCUCCCGGACCCAAUCCGACUCCGCCAGCCCCCAGGUUCCAAUCUUCUCCCGAAACCACCAUCUUCCAACCUAACCCUGCAGCCCCCAGGCUCCAAUCCCCCCUCCAUACAACUGGGCUCCAACUACCACCCCAAACCUCAGCAUUCCAACCUCCUCCCCAUACCCCUGAGCUCCCCCCUCCCCCCAUUACCCCUGAGCUCCCCCCUCCCCCUCAAACCCACAGGCUCCACCCUACCCCAAAAGCCCUUGGUCUGCAAACCACCCCCCAUAAGCCCAGUCUCCAAUCUCCCCUCCGGCCCUCAGGAUUCCACCUUCUCCCCCUAAGCACGGGGCUCCAACCUUCCUCGUUUACUCUCAGGCUCCAAGUUCCCCACCAAACCUUAGGGCUCCAACCUCCCUCUCAUCUCCCGGAGGUCCAACCUUCCCUGUGCAUCCCUAGGCUCCAACCUUACCCACAGACCCCAGUGCUCCAACUUUCCAGCUGCACCCCUGGGCUCCCCACACCCCGUAACCCUGGGGUCCGACCUCCCCACCAGAGCCCAGAGCUCCAAGCGCUGUUGUAUGGGAAAGAGCUCCACAUAGUCCACCUUCCGGAGAAUGUUCAGCAAGUCAAAGUGAAAGGACAGAGAAAGUAUGUGUGCGAUGAAUGCGGGAGGGACUGCGCAAAGCGCAGUGCCCUUGAGAAGCACGUCCGAUCUCACACCGGAGAGCGCCCCUUCCCGUGUAUAACCUGUGGGAUCUCUUUCAAAACGCAGAGUAACCUGUACAAACACAAUAGGACACAAAGUCAUUUGCACAACUGUCAGCUUUCUGCUGAGUUGGAGAGAAGCAACAAGGCAGAGCUGAGCACUAAUUGCUCAUCAGCAAGCGAGGAGGACAGGUAUCCUUGUGAAGGUGCUGACCAGGAGGCUAAAGGGAAUUGUCACGUUGACCUGCUUAUGGCCAACUCCCGCUGUCAGACGGAGCAGCAGGACUCCAUGGGCAUUGUACAGCAGGAUACAGGUUGGAGCAGGGUCAGUGCCACUGAGAAAAGGGCAGACAAUACAGCAGACGGAGAGAAACAAGACAAUGUCCAGCCGCUACCUGGCCAAACCGGAAACAGGCAUUUGGUUCUACAGAGACAGAAGGCCACUUAUUUUGCCAAACAGUGGGUCCACAGGUCUUCGAGUUCCAGUGUACAAACAAAUGAAAGCACCGACUCGGGGUACUUUUCCCAUUCGGAUAGUCCUGACCAGCCACUGCCGUCGACGGGCUCACUGCAGGGUCUCCAGCGGCAGAGCACAGACACCGAGUCGGAGAGGGGCUCUCAGGCCGGCCAGCAGCUGCCGAGCAUUGGGCAGGGCGUGCCGGGAUCAGCGGUGGACGACGAGGCUGUGCGAGGUGGGCACCGUGCACUGCGCGGGUCACAGGAGCUGGGCGAGUGGAUCUCCAAGCUCAUCUCCGACAACAAGGCCGUGGUUGACGACAAGCACUUGGAAACCGUGCGGCCAAGGAAGACACUUACCUCGAAGCAGGGAAGCAUUGAUUUACCGAUGCCGUACACAUUUAAGGACUCCUUUCACUUUGACAUGAAAUCUGUCCAAGGCAACAAGAGAUCAAGAGUUCCCUCCAGUUUACCAGCAGUCUCUAACCAGUUAACACAGAAGUUCCAUUCCUUACCUGAACAGGUCUCCUUGACUGUUGACUAUUGGCCAGUUGUAAGGAGCAAUUCUGUGCCUCUCAGUAUGGGCGGGUUGGUAUGCAGUAAAAUAGCCAGCAGUUCAAGCUGUCGCCCGCAGGAGUUAGAGGGGAAACCCGCCACUAUGCUGCUUGUCACAAACUCGCAAUCGCACUCAUUGGACUUUGCCCCCUUGCCCCAUCGCACCCUGGUCAGGCAAACUGCUCUGGAGGGCUUGCCAGCAGGUAGUCUCGCUGUAGAGUGGCCUAACCCUGUGGUCAGAAAUAAGAUGUGCGAUUCCAAGGCUGAGCAAAUCCCGAAGCUCAAGUGCAAGUCUUUAGGAAAGGACGAUGGGCAGAAAAAGCUGAAGAAGUUUUCACAUGAGAGGUGGUCGGUGUAUGGAGAGGAAACCUUCCGAAAGAAAUACCAAGAGGCAAAGAGAACCAUGCACUCUGCCAGUCCGCUGGUCCCACCCACACAGCACCCUCACAGUGUCACAGCACCGGACAAGGACACUCCAGCACUCCUCGAGAAACCACCCUCCAACCCCUUGGCAUCAACCUCUGUGCACAAAAUUCCUGUUAAAAAACACCUUUCAGACCCACUUCCCUUCGGGUCAGUGAAGGUCACAACCUUCAACACUCCAGUGUGCCAGGUACAGUUUUCCCAAAGAAAGGUGGACCAACGUUCACCGCAACAGGGAUAUCCGGAUCCCUGCCAUAUCGCUAAAGAGACAAAGACUCCACUAAUCCCAGGUGGUGUGGGGGAAGUGCCUGCAGUGACAUCAAUCUGCUCAGCAGAGACGCUCCAGACAGGUGAAGAUACCGGCAAGUUGACUGCAUCCUCCACAGCUCGAGAAACCGCUGGGGACACAGGGAAGAAACUUCCCCUCCAUCAACAAUCACCCACAGCGAGCAGCCACAAAGAAAGCAAUGCUACACGACCAAUACAAAGACGCUUCUCGCACCCAAAGCUGGUGAGGCAGCUCAGCGUCCUUGUUCCAGAGAGUAAAACCAUACAAGAGGCAAGAGGUCAACGAGAGAGCAAGCCUAAUGAAGUGAGUUUGCAACAAGGUGAAAGUGGUAUCUCAGAGUUUCCAUCAGGACGACCUCCCAGGAAGAAACAAAGGCUGAAGUUAGCUGGCAUUGGACAGCUGGCUGAGAGACCACAGUCUGGCUGUGGUUUGACAGCUGGGGCUGCUCUUGGUGAGUCACUUCAACCAGGCAGUGUCUUCAUCCCAGACACUGGGCAUGAGCGGUGUCAAACAACCAAGUGCACAAAGUGGAAGGAAGGAAGCUCUGCUGAACAAUCUUUGCCGUCAACUGCAUCUGGUAGUUUUACUGCCCCUGACCCCACACCUCCUCACUGCGCUCGGUCUUUGCCAGUGCAAGAGGCAGCAACUUCUACCUCCCCCUCUCUUCAUUUUCAGUCACUUUCAGAGAGCAAGAGAGAAGUAAUUAGUCAAGGGGGGUUCCCGACACUGCUACAAGCAGCUGCAAACGAGGUCAACCACACUGGUAAGAACUUGCACACAGGACCAAGCACGGGCCAAUGGGCAGCAAUCGUGUCUCCCCAAGUGAGAGCUCUCCACUUGCAAAAACAAGAUUUUCUUCCAAAAUACCAGCUCAAAUGGACAAAGAAAGAACCGAGCGUACCAAGCCGCCCACCAUCCUGACCCAGAAAUACAUUGGCUGUCCUUUGUCAUCAGUGGGCUUCAAUCCUGGAACCCCUUCCCAGGUAGCACCAUGGAAGUGCCUUCACCUGAAGGGCUGCAGUGACUCACCACCACCUGCUCAAGGACAAUUAGACUGGGCGGUGAAUGCUGGCCUCGCCACCGAUGCCCAGGUCCUCAACAGUGAAUAAACGAAAAGAGAAGAGCUCUUCGUUGACUGCAGGAGCUGCAGCUGAUGAGAGGGCAACCACACUUCCCAAAGCUCUGUGUCUGAGAUGUCCCAAUAAUGACCAGCAAUGCUGCAACAACAAACGGGACUAUUGUCUGCUUCUUACACAUCAACCAGUGGGGUGUGGUGAACCGAGGUCUGUGGGAUACUUAGAUGUGAGUCACCAUCAGGAAAUAAACCAUUUCCACCAAAUAGUUAAUGAAAUAAAUAACCUCAGCGGCCUUUUGGACUCCAUUCUGCGUAUACGUCUCUGGUGGGACGUCGGUCAACAGGUGGCAGAUUGGCUCUGGUUAGUGUUGUUACUAAUUCAUUGGUGAGCAGACGCCAACAAGCUGAUGGCAAUGUCAAAAGAAAUGGAGAGCCUGAGUAUAAGUGGAGAGUGCCACAGAGAGUUAGGUCUCAUCAGCGGAUGUCACUUAGGAAAUGGAGCAGUUCUAUCUCACCUCAGAAUCAAGGCUUGGCUGCGAUGGACUUAGAACAUUCCUCCUUCCCAAGGAUGAAGGCUCAGUCUGAGCCCCUGUAGUGUUAACUAGGAAACACCAUGCUCCUACAUUCUCUGGAGAAAAGCAAGGUCACUGCGGUCCGGGACAUGGGGCGUUGAUGAAGAAAUAUCUGAUGCACCACACCUGACACUGAAGGACACUUUUGCUUGCAGAGGCCACAGCAGAAAGGCUGUGACAUUUGUGUUCAAUCAACUGGACGUGGACAACUAUUUUAUUGACAAAAGGAUAACCAAGCUCACCGAUAAUAGGCCACGUGUUCAAAACGGUGGGGGUGAGAGAAACUCGGAAUGCUUGCUUGAAAUCUAGAUCACUGGAAAACAAAGAUGGAGUCUGCUGAAGUGUCCCCUUCCUGUCUUCAACUGCCACUGUUGAUGAAACUGAAUCAGAACUGUCAGGUAUGGCAGAGUCAGAGAAAAUUAAUUUCACUUCACUUAGAGCCAGUUUGGAAGAUGACAUUCCAGUGCAUCCUGAAAGUGUUGGAUCAUCCAGCCAUUGUGGUUGAGGCAGGAACCCUUCCCUUUCUUUGAAAGGACUUUCAGGAGGAGACCUAACCUGAGAAUGAAAGGAUUCUCGAUUCAAAAACCGGGCAGGAAGUGAACUUCAUGGAAGGUGAGAGUAUGGAUAAGGAAACAGUUUGUCAUCCAGAGGGUGGUGAAGUUCUGGAGCUCACGGCAUGAAAGGGUGGUACAGUGAGAAACUCUCACCACGCCUGAACUUGAAAAGCCGUGACCUGCAUGUCUACAGUUCCAGAGCUGGAAGGUGGGAUUAGGGUGUUGAGCUCUCUUUCAACUAACAUGAACAUAAUGGGUGGAGUAGUCCCCUCCUAAGGGGUAAAUCUUCUCAGAUUCAAUGACUCUCUUUGGGAGAGAUUUGUCCAAACGUUAGCACAGAAUCUCCGGCUUUGUCAGAGUGUACAGGCAAAGUUUAUCCAUCCUUUGGUUCAUCCACUUUGCAGGUGGUCAGACUUCUGCGCUGGCUGUGCUCUGGACGAAGUUUCAUUUGUGAAUGAGAGAGGAAAAUCUCAGCGUUCUGAGGAAAAGUCAAUGACCCAGAACAUUAACACUGUUUCUCGUUCCACAGUAUUUCCAGCCUUUUCUGGUUUUAUUUCAGUCUUGGAGAGUUGAUUACAAAAAUCUCAGAGAUGCAGGCAGACUCUUCAAAUUAACACAGAGGCUUUCAUCUGUGGGCCAGAACUGUGAUAUAUCCUGGGGACCACACAUCACAAGUAUGCGCAAGUUCCCUCUGCUCAGAGCAGCAGUUUAUUCCUCCAACAUUAAGACAGUGCUAUUACAUUUCUCCCUCUGUAAUGAAAAGUUACAAAUCAUUAUUUGUCUGCAUAAACGUGCAAUUAUUAUACUGUUACUUUCGAUAAUGAUGGUCCACAAUGUGGUGCCUGGAGAGUAAAAAUUAUUUCUCAAUGAGACACAAAGCACAAGGGUGCAUGAUGCUCAGCAUGGAUAUAUUGGGCCUGUUUCUGUGCUGUGUGUCUCUAUGACAAUGAAUUGUAUUCUUAAAUAAUGUUCUUUAUAAACUCAGACAAACAGAAAUAUGGCAAGUAUUGUUAUUGCUUUCACAAGUUAGGUUUAGUCACUGCUUUCGUGAUUCUAAAACCUCUCUCAACCAAAACUUCCAGACCUCAUGGAAGGAGAUGGUCUUGUUCUGGAAUGACUCUUCAGCAGGGCCAACUCUGACCUGUAUCGGGAGCUACACCUUCAGGCAUGUGUAUUGUGGAGGGUCGUGGCUGACACAUGACAGCACUGCCCACUACCUGGUCCGGAAGACACACCACUGCAAAUCAAGGUUUGGCCCUGCCCCACCCAUCAGCGCACACCUGACCAUUGGCCCCUUUAAGUACCUUUGUACUUGGCCUUGGGCCAUUCACCUUUGUAAUUGAUUAGUCCUUGCUGGCACCGGGCCAUUGGCCCCCUGUAAAUUACCGGGUCUGGACCCUCCAGCCCUCCAGCACCAUAAAGGGCGCCGCACGUGCUCGGCUCUUUCUCUUUGCAAUCUUCGAGGGAUCACCCUGCUUCACUCCAGGCCGAGUACCAUGGAACGGCGCUGGAGAAAUCGUUGGUGAGGUGUGCACUUAUAAAGGGUUGGGAGCAUUUUAGUUAGUGUCCCUAGUAGCAUAGAUCCGCACCUGCACUGAGUCAAGGGAUGGCGGGUAUCGUAUUGUUUUUCCCUGAUUGUAUAUACCUAGUUCGUUUUGUGUGUGUGUGUGUGUGUGUGUGUGUGUGUGUGUGUGUGUGUGUUUUAUCCCCGGUGCGAUUUUCCCACGCUUGCUAUAAACUGUGCGCGUGUGUGUGUUAUUCCUGUCACCAAUUUCCCACACUCGUCUUUUGUAAA